UGCGGGACGCAGAUGUCGGCUACUCAGAGGUGUCCAAUAACGCCGCCCUCCUCAUUGAAUAGAGCGGCCCCGCAGCCCGACGUCCAUUAAUCCUGUGACUGCGGCCAUGUGCUAAUCAGCUGAUGGGCCACAGCCGCCUGCUCCAAUUUAAGACCCGUUCGGUCCAACCCACAGGCGGAACCAGCACCACCCGGUCCACAGACACACACACACAGCAGCCAUGCCUCCGUUUGACAAAGUACAGCCGCAGAACAAACCGUUCAAACAGAGGAAGAGUCUCGCUACAAGGAAACAAGAAGUGGCAGGAAUCCGGUCCAAGUUCCCCAACAAGAUCCCGGUCAUCAUUGAGCGGUACGACAGGGAGAAGUAUCUGCCUCCGCUGGACAAAACCAAGUUCUUGGUACCGCACGAGCUCACCGUGACCCAGUUCGUCACCAUCAUCAGGAAUCGCAUGGCGCUGCUGCCCACGCAGGCCUUCUACCUGCUGGUCAACCGGAGCGGCCUCACCAGCAUGUCCCUCACCAUGGCCCAGGUCUACAAGGACCACCAGGACGAGGACGGCUUCCUCUACAUGACCUACGCCUCGCAGGAGAUGUUCGGACACUGACCCUGGACCUGCUUUAACUCGGCUGUAAAUAGGACGAUAGUUUGUGUAUAUACUGUGAUACUUGUAACAGAUUUUAAAUGUGUGGAUCCAAUAAAUCGUAUUGCAGGAGGA